UUAUUUCAUUUCAUUUCCACGCCAACCAUCGUGCGCCGCAGUUUGAACGCUCCUGCCACAGCGAGAAGAAAAGCCAAGAAAAUCGAAAUCGAAUCGAAAUCUCGUGCCUGUGUGCUCUUUCUGCAAUUGAUUUUUUUUUCGAAAGUAGUGCAAAACAAUAACCGUUGAGUUGACUAACUACAACUACAGCUAUUGGCCGAGCAGUUACAACAAGCGAAUCUCAAACAAAAUACGGCAGCGACGACGACGACGCCAGCGUUUAUUUAUUAACAAAAAACCGAUUACAUUACAACAACAUCCAACACGAAAGUCCAGGACCACCGGAGAGUGUGUGAGCGAGAAAGCGAGAGUGAGAGAGAGUGCAAGGAGGAGCGCCGUGAGAGCGCGCGCGCGUACCACAAGGAUUAGGAUUCCCAAGCAAAAGAAACAAGAAACUUAGCAAAUUAAUUCACUUCACAAACAGCAAAAUCAACCAACAUCCUCCCCCAAAAACAACAACACACACUCGCUCCUUAAACUAUAACAAGUCGUGUCAACCAACUCUAAAUUAUCGAAUCCUCCCGAUCCCACCACCCAGUGGACUUUAUGAUGGCAAAUACCGGAGCCGGCGGCGGAGUGGAAACACAGGCGCAGCUAAUGCAGAGUGCAGCGGCCGCCGCUGCGGUGGCGGCAACGAGUGCGUCCGCCGCUCCCGUACAGAAUGCAGCCGCCGUGGCCGCUGCCGCCCAGCUGCAGCAGCAACAGGUGCAGCAGGCGAUCCUGCAGGUGCAGCAGCAGCAAACACAGCAGGCUGUGGCCGCUGCGGCUGCCGCGGUUACCCAGCAGCUCCAACAGCAGCAGCAGGCCGUCGUGGCGCAGCAAGCGGUGGUGCAGCAGCAGCAACAGCAGCAACAGGCGGCGGCGGUGGUGCAGCAGGCGGCAGUCCAACAGGCAGUGGUUCCUCAGCCGCAGCAGGCGCAGCCCAAUACCAAUGGCAAUGCCGGGUCGGGAUCACAAAAUGGCAGCAACGGCAGCACGGAGACGCGCACAAAUCUCAUUGUCAACUACUUGCCGCAAACAAUGACCGAGGACGAAAUCCGUUCGCUCUUCUCCAGCGUCGGCGAGAUUGAGUCGGUGAAGCUGAUACGCGACAAGUCGCAGGUCUACAUCGAUCCCCUCAAUCCGCAGGCGCCCAGCAAGGGCCAAAGUCUGGGCUACGGAUUCGUUAACUAUGUCCGGCCGCAGGAUGCCGAGCAGGCAGUCAAUGUGCUGAACGGUCUGCGACUGCAGAACAAGACCAUCAAGGUGUCGUUUGCCCGCCCUUCGUCAGAUGCCAUCAAGGGAGCCAAUCUGUAUGUGUCGGGGCUGCCGAAGACGAUGACCCAGCAGGAACUGGAAGCCAUCUUCGCCCCCUUUGGAGCCAUAAUCACGUCACGCAUUUUGCAGAAUGCCGGAAACGAUACGCAGACCAAGGGCGUGGGCUUCAUUCGAUUCGAUAAGCGGGAGGAGGCCACCCGGGCCAUCAUUGCGCUAAAUGGCACAACACCAUCAAGCUGCACGGAUCCCAUUGUGGUGAAGUUCUCCAACACGCCCGGCAGCACCAGCAAGAUCAUCCAGCCACCGCUGCCCGCUUUCCUCAAUCCCCAGCUGGUGCGACGCAUUGGUGGCGCCAUGCAUACGCCGGUUAACAAGGGACUGGCUCGGUUUUCACCAAUGGCCGGCGACAUGCUGGACGUAAUGCUGCCCAAUGGACUAGGCGCGGCGGCGGCGGCGGCCACAACGUUGGCCAGCGGUCCAGGCGGUGCGUAUCCCAUUUUUAUCUACAAUCUGGCACCGGAAACGGAGGAGGCAGCGCUGUGGCAGCUGUUUGGUCCCUUUGGGGCUGUGCAAUCGGUGAAGAUCGUUAAGGAUCCCACAACCAACCAGUGCAAGGGCUACGGCUUCGUCUCGAUGACCAACUACGAUGAGGCGGCCAUGGCCAUUCGGGCGCUCAACGGCUACACCAUGGGCAAUCGGGUGCUGCAGGUCAGCUUUAAGACCAACAAGGCCAAGUAGAGCGGGCCAAGUGGAAGCGUGGAUAAGGAUAUAGCAGCACCCCCAAAAACCAUUAUCCUGAAUCUAAACAUCCUGACACCCACACACAAUACACAUAUAUAAAUAUGCAUGGUAUAACGGUAACUAAGCGCAACAAAACAGUAUGUGUAAAACACACACGAAAAAAAAAAACAAGAAAGUAACAGGCAGGAGAAAGUACUCUCUCCACAUGACGACACAACGAAACGGCGAAACUCCCUUUCCCAAAAAAAUACCCUUUUAACUACAUAAAUAUCCUUCUCCAAUCCCCCAAAACCGCCGGCCAAAAGCGUUGCAAUAGCAAAAUUCUUCUUGUUUAGCAUUUAAGUAACAAAUCAUUAACUAAACGAAACAAACAAAAGAAAAAAGCUGCCUGGAGUUGAAGAGAGGAAUGCAAAAAAAAGCAGGGGGAGUGAGAAUGAACAAUGAGAUUAUAAGGAAAAAUUGCAAUAUGAAAAACACACUCUGGCAGCUGUGGAAAGGUCAAAGGUUGCCGCAGUCAAAUUAGUCGCAAAGCAAAACACAGAAAUCAACCAAACACACAUACACAAAACUAAGACAAAUUUAACUUAACUAGCAAAAAAGAAAAUGAGAAAUUUUAAAAAUUUAUUAACCUUAAGUAAAACGCAGCAAUGAAAUCUUCCAAACAAAUGAAAACAAAAAAGAAAUCUGUUAGUUACACUCCAAACUUUUCUACCAUAAAAACUUUGAAACUUGAUACUAAAAAAAAAAGGAAACAAAAAACAGAAUUAAGAAAUUAGAGGAGUUCAGUGUCUAGGAUUUAUAAAUGGUGCUUAUAGGACAUCAGUUUGGCUUGAUCGAAAAGGGCGGGGUAAAAAGUAUUCGAGAGGCGAUUGAGAGGAUCGCGCGCAUAUAAUAGAUAUAUACAUAACAUGGAGGCUGCUACAGUAUUACAAGAAACAUAAAAACAAAAGCUACAUACUUAAACAAACGAAUGGCGAACAGAGCACGUUUAAUAAUUCUAAAUAUAUAUCCAUAUGUAUAUGCGAUAAUUCUAUAUCUAUUUAGAUAUACACUUAAAUAUAGAAAUUUAACGAAUUUUUGUAUGUUUUGUGUUUGUUUUCUACACCUAGAGAACGAAACCCGAUUGAAUCAAGCCAAACUCAUAUCCUGUAGGCACAACCAAACACAGUGAAAACUGAAAAAAUAUAUAGAAAACAUAUAGCAUGAUCAAGAGAAAGUUAGCGAACGGAAAACAAAAGUAAUACAAUAAUUUAUGCGCAAAUUUGAAACGUUUUACUAAAGUAAAUAAUUGUUAGUGAAUAUUAAUACUGUAAUUGUGCUCGUGUGCACCUGCGUUGCAGGUAUAUAGUCCACUAUAUACAGGCACAUGCUGGCGUAGGCACACCUUAUAUACUUUAUAUAAUGUAUAGUUCAAGGGCAAGAAAGCAUAAACAAAAAUAUUAAAAGAAUACUUGCUAAACCGAAACAUUUUUAGCGUUUAAACAAAGCGUAGCACAAACAAUUACUAAACAAAAAUUACAUCAGCAACAACAACCAUUUUUUAUAUGACAACAGUUUAAAACAAAGUAAAAACCAAAAAAAUUAAAAGAAAUGAAUUAAGGGUGUAAAAAAAGCAUUAGCAAACCGAUUUCUCUAGCCAAGUAAGUUAAAAAAGGAUAAAGGGAAGGGAUACAUAUUGACGAGGAUAUCUCCCAGCACAUCCUACAUAUAUAAAAUCCCAUUAACACCAUGUCCAAUCCUAAAAUUUUUGUGCAAUUUUUGCGUUACUUAUUAGUUGAACUUCUGUAUAUUUUUUGUAUUUUUUUGAUUGUUAUAGCGAAAGAGUGAGACACACACCGAACACACAUAAAUAUUUACAUAUUUAAUUUCGAUUCUGGAUUCUCUAUAUUCCGUAUUUAAAUUAAGUUUUGUUUGAUUUCUUUGUUUGCUUGGUAUACGAAUUAGAUUUGAUAAUAGGCUCCUGCAUCCAAUCCAUAAAACCAGUCAGACCCCACCAUGCAUAUUUAUACGAAUGAUUUGUGUUUGAUUUGUUUAUAAAGUUAACCUAAGAUGACACAACCCCAACCGAUUUUGAGUUCUCUCUCCAAAUAGCAUAAAUUCUAAACCUAAGAUUCAACAAGCAUUGAACAGAACCCGAAAAGCGAAAUAGAAAUUGAUUUAAAUUUGAUUAUUAUUACGAUA